UUCAGCUGUGACAAUCCAACAGCACGUGUUCUUCAGUGCAGAAAAUAUAGCCCAGAUUUUUGUCUACAUACGUUUUGACGGCAUCAUUGGCCUUGCUUGGCUGGCACUUUUCAUGAGCAAUUCAGAAGUGAGACGCUUAGUGUUUUCGGCUAGCACACCAAUGCAAAACCUUCUAUCAAGCCUCGAUGCUCGCAUCUUUACCGCCUGGUUGAACACAGCUGUAAAUCAUGCUAUAAAAAAUGAGCUCUUCAUUAAUCUCUUCAAAAUGUGCAAGCUGGAAGUCGCCCACUUCAAAGCGGGAGAAGAUAAGGAGAGAGGCAAUAACGGUCUUAUCACCUUUGGAGCCAUCGACACUUCCAACUGCAGUUCAGAAAUACACUACGUGCCAUUGAGCGCAGAAAAGUACUGGGAGUUCAUUAUUGAAGACUUUUCUGUCGGCAAUUUUUCGAAGAGAAGAGCGGAGUGUGCUCUCGCGUUCUUCGAGGUUGACUACGGAACUACUGGAUUCGACUGGAUCCUCGGUGCCAAUUGGAUCCACACCUACUGUAAUAUCUACGACUUCGGUCAGAAGCGUAUCGGUUUCGUCAAGGCCAAGCAGCAGGAAUAA